UGCUAUAUAAUCCCUGCAUCUCCUCUCAUUCAACCCUAUCCUCUCCAGACGAGAUCUGAAGCCGCCGGGCAGCAGGGCUCCCCCAAGUACCAGGAGAAGAUAUGUUUGCAGCCUGUGCUCAUCUAUUAAAGCUUGAUACCAGCUUUCAUAGAUCCGGAUGGUUUUGAAGUGAUAGCUGGCUUGACUUUGCUUUUCUUCAAAGCAUCUUGACAGACCAAAAUCCGUAAUUUUUGGCACCAUGUUUUCGUCUAGCAAUAUAUUUGCAGGUUUUAGGUCUAAGUGAAAAGUAUCGAUCUCUGUGAAUAUAUUGUAAACCUUCACAAAUUCCCUUGAUUAUUUCAUAGCGCUAUUUUAAAAUAAAUGAUUUGUAUUGGAAAAACCAAGUUGUCCAAUAUACAUAUUCAUGACUUGAAAAAGUAAAAAAAUACAGUCAUUGUAUAUUGUGUUUGACUUAGAAAGAAAGAUGAAAAAGUUAAACAAAAAGAUGUGAAGGCAGAUGAAUGCUUUGCUUAUGCAUGAAUUCAUAUUGAUAAAGCGCUAUUGAAUGAUCAAGGAAUUUGUGAGGUUUACAUUAUCUUUGCAAGAGUUGUAUUGUUCAGUUAGACCUAGACAUGCAAGUAUAUUUCUAGGCGAAAAUAUAUUGUUAAAAAUUGCGGAUUUUUGUCUCUCAAGUUGCUUGGAGGAAAAACAAAGCCAGGCUAUCGCUUCAAAACAGUUUGGAUCUAUGUAUGAAAGAAGGGACAUUGAUGAACUGGGUUGGAUUUACUUUGACUUGCAAACUUGUUUGCAUGUUAACAUCAGGUAUGAUAGUAGAAACACAUAGCAUGCACAUCAGUCAAUAGGCUUGGCAAAACAGCUCACUUAUGCUCCAUGACAUGCUCCACUAACCUCUUUUUUUUAGCUAGUGUACAUCUUUAGGUACUUUGAGCUGGUGGAGGAGGUCAAGUGUCAUCAGUUGUCCAAGAGAAAUGUUCCAAUGAGCUACUAAAUAUUUGGAGGAAGCCUUUAUAGUUUCUUGCACAAAGAGUGUAAUGUGUUGGACCUCAUCAUGUAUUAAGUAUUAUUUUGGAGGAUAUACUAUGCUCUCUGUUUUGUUAUAUCGUGCAUGCACAUUAUAAAGUAGAGUGUGGCGCAAUAUAUAGAUCAUAAUUGUUGUUAAGGUGCUGAAUUCCAUUUAGCUUAGUAGUGGAUGCUAUGAUAGCUGAGACUGGGAUUUAUGCUGGGUCUGACCAUCUGAAUUCAGUUGUUUGUAAAAUGUUCCAUACUCGCAAUAUUAUAUACUCAUGACACGAAGGAAGGAAUGACAAAUCUUGUAAUGACUAAUGACAAGGAAGGAACGACAAAUCUUUUUUGAUCUUGUUGCUUUGCAAGCUCAUGACACGAGGUUGUUCAGGUUUUUAUCUUGUUUUGCUUGACACUAGUGCUUUACACUUAACCAUGGCAAAUCUUCACAGCUGUUUGCAGGCCUUAAGAUUUCCAUGUUUUACACUCUUGUUGUUACAGUGAGCAAGCAUGAGGAUCCAGGGGAGACAAGCCAGGAAGGAUGGAUGAGAUUGGCUGGCCCUACUCAAUGACAGUUCCUCGCGUUGACUGACUGGCCGAAUGAGGAUUGUGGUUGAUGGCAUUAGAGGAAAUGCAUCUCUAGCACGACCUACUCCAUGACAGUUCCUCGCGUUGACUGACUGGCCGAAUGAGGAUUGGGGUUGAUGGCAUUAGAGGAAAUGCAUCUCUAGCACGGCUUGUUUUCGUGUGGGAACCAAUUUUUCGUGGUCUUACUCUCAAUUUCCACUACAGCUCUAGUGUGGUGUAUAUCUCACAUAGAGCAAACUGGAGUGACCUUCCUGUGUUAGCAGUUGGCUUGUUGGAUUUGUGGAUGUAUUGGUACAACUCAGUCAUUGUUUUUUGUUUUUUGUUUCUGCGAAAACGCAAGUAUCAGUCAUUCUGGAAUCCAAUAGCACACAGAGUGGAAAUGUAAUCAUUAAUUCAUUCUUCUUGUUAAAUGGAAGGUUGGAGCGGGAGACAAAAUUUUGUUUUGGAAAGAUCGGUGGAUCCAUGGCGCAACCAUCACAGAGCUGGCCCCCUUGGUAGUGAAGACAGUCCGUACGCAGGUGGUCAACAGGAGACUGGUACGUGAUGCAAUGUGCAUGCAUGCUUGGAUGAGCGAUGUGGUGGGUGACCUAUGCACGGAAGGUCUAACCCAGUUCAUCGCAUUUUGGGAGAUCAUUUCGGAGGUUUAAUUGGAUGUUCAAACUGAGGACAACCCCAUCUGGGCUUGGAAUGUGACUGGAGUCUACACUGCAUCUUCAGCAUACAAGAUGCUAUGUGAGGGAGGAGUUAGAUUUCACUCUUUCGGAGCAAUCUGGAAAUGUUGGGCGCCACUUGCGUGUAAAAUCUUCAUGUAGCUGGCAGUGCAAUAUCGAUUGUGGACGUCGGAUAGAAGGACUAGACACGGUUUGCAAGAUCAAACGUCUAAAUGCUACUUUUGUGACCAAGAGGAAGACAUGGUCGACCACAUCUUGCAACAAUGUGUAUUCUCAAGACAAGUGUGGUACACAUGCAUGACCAGGAUGGGAUUGAGAGUGGAGCUUUGCCCAACAUAUGAAUCCCAAUUGGUGCAAUGGUGGACGGAAGCUAGAAAGCGCAUACAUAAGCAAACUCGGAAAGGAUUUGACACAUUCGUGAUGCUCAUCUGCUGGACGCUUUGGAAACAGAGGAACGCGAGGGUGUUCGGAUCGAACUAAAUUAAAAAUAAAUGGGAGACUGUGGACUUGAUCUUCGACGACUUGAGGACUUGGGCUAGGGCAGGAGCAUUUGAAGGACGACCUAUACCCGAGUAGUAGAGUAGUAUUAGGAGUGGGGUGGAGGCCUGGUUGGGUCGGCUUGUGAUUACCAUCUAGCGCAAUGUAAUAACUCUUGUACAUAUUUUCUUCUUUCUAUAAAGCUAAGGUACGCCAUUGGCGUACCUUGAAAAAAAAUUCAUUUUUCUUGUUAGAUAAUGUAAUCAUCAUCAGUUAUCCUCUGGGCUUCUAGAGUGGAAGGUUCUCCCAAACGAACCAGGGACGGUGCGCCCUUGGAAAGAUUGUGGGUCACCAAACAAGGGUAAAAAUACCCGGUAACAAAGUAGGCACGCUCUUGGUUGCUGGUAGUUGCUCGCUCCUGUCAUGCGAUUUCUACUUGGUUGAUAAUAAAAAGAAGAGAGCGGCCGUGUGCCUGGCUUUCUCUCUCUGAACCUAACUCCCAGCCAUGGAGAUCAGCAGCGAGGAGAGGGUGGAGCUGUCCAUCGUGGAGCACCUCCCCGACAAUGGCGACGCCGGCGUGGAGGAGGAUCAUCUAUGGCCGACCAAGGACGGCCCUCUUCCUAUAUUCCUCAAGUUUGAGAAUGUGGAGUACAAGGUGAAGCUGGGUGCCAAGAACCCCCUGACGGCUGCAAAGGUGGCCUUCGCGUCUCACAUGAGGGUGGAUCAUGGCGGCAGCAGCUGCAAGCACAUCCUCAAGGGCAUCGGCGGCAGCGUCGACCCCGGCGAGAUCCUGGCACUGAUGGGCCCCUCCGGCAGCGGCAAGACCACCCUGCUCAAGAUACUCGGAGGCAGGCUGGGCGGCGCCGUCAAGGGCCAGAUCACCUACAACGACACCCCCUACAGCCCCUGCCUCAAACGGAGGAUGGGAUUUGUGACGCAGGACGACGUGCUGUUCCCUCAGCUGACGGUGGAGGAGACGCUGGUGUUCGCGGCCUUCCUGAGGCUGCCGGCGCGCAUGUCCAAGCAGCAGAAGCGCGACCGGGUGGACGCCAUCAUCGCGGAGCUGAACCUGGAGCGGUGCCGGCACACCAAGAUCGGCGGCGCGUUCGUGCGCGGGGUGUCGGGCGGCGAGAGGAAGCGGACGAGCAUCGGGUACGAGAUCCUGGUGGACCCGUCGCUGCUGCUGCUGGACGAGCCCACGUCGGGGCUGGACUCCACGUCGGCCAGCAAGCUCAUCGUCAUCCUGCAGCGGCUGGCCAAGUCGACGCGGCGGACCAUCAUCACCACCAUCCACCAGCCGUCCAGCCGGAUGUUCCACAUGUUCGACAAGCUGCUGCUCAUCUCCGAGGGCCACGCCAUCUACCACGGCAAGGCCAGGGACUGCAUGCACCACUUCUCCUCGCUGGGGUUCACGCCGGAGAUCCCCAUGAACCCGGCCGAGUUCCUGCUGGACCUCGCCACGGGCAACCUCGAGGACAUCAGCGUCCCGGGGCUGCUCCGGGACGGCUCGCCGGCGCCGCAGGAGUUCAGGUCCCGCGUCGUGGCGUACCUGCAGGCCAAGUACAGGGACCACGCCGGGGACGGCGGGGAGGGCCAGGCGAAGCAGCCGGCGAGGCGGCCCGGGGAGCAGCUGAGGCUGGCCAUCCGGAUGCGCAAGGACCGGAGCAUCAACUGGUUCCAGCAGUUCGUGGUGCUGUCGCGGCGCACGUUCCGGGAGCGCGCCGCCGACUACCUGGACAAGAUGCGGCUGGCGCAGGCCGUGGGCGUGGCGCUCCUGCUGGGCCUGCUCUGGUGGAAGUCGCAGACGGGCAACGAGGCGCAGCUGAGGGACCAGGUGGGGCUCAUCUUCUACAUCUGCAUCUUCUGGACCUCGUCGUCGCUCUUCGGCUCCGUCUACGUGUUCCCCUUCGAGAAGCUGUACCUGGUCAAGGAGCGCAAGGCCGACAUGUACCGCCUCAGCGCCUACUACGCCAGCAGCACCCUCUGCGACGCCGUGCCGCACGUCGUCUACCCGGUCCUCUUCAUGGCCAUCCUCUACUUCAUGGCCGACCUCCGCCGCACCGUCCCCUGCUUCUGCCUCACCCUCCUCGCCACCCUCCUCAUUGUCUUCACCAGCCAGGGGACGGGGGAGCUGCUGGGGGCGGCGAUCCUGAGCGUGAAGAGGGCGGGGGUGAUGGCGUCGCUGGUGCUGAUGCUGUUCCUGCUCACCGGAGGGUACUACGUGCAGCACAUACCCAAGUUCAUACGGUGGCUGAGGUACGUCUCCUUCAUGCACUACGGCUUCAACCUGCUGCUCAAGGCGCAGUACCACGGCCACCUCACCUACAACUGCGGGAGCCGGACCGGGUGCCAGCGGCUGCAGUCGUCCCCGUCCUUCGACACCGUCGACCUCGACGGCGGCAUGCGCGAGGUCUGGAUCCUGCUCGCCAUGGCCGUCGCGUACCGCCUCCUCGCCUACUUCUGCCUCCUCAAGAGGAUCACCCUCACGCCCUUGUGAAAAGAUGAACCAUGGGAGUUGGGCACGGCGUGCUUUGCUAGAUAGGUCUUCCGAAUUAUCCUUUGUCACAUGUAAUGCAUGUUUGUUAAUGGGUACACGCCUAGAAGGCAAGAACCGAGAGCAAUGUGCAUGGGUUUUCUUCUUGUUUGUUUCCUUAGUUUUCCUUGCGUGGAGGUAAUGAGGCCUUGCUGAAAGCGGUGGCCCAAGCUAUCC